GCUUUUUAGCUGUCCAUACACAUCAACAUAUAUAUGAUUAUCACGUAAAACAGAGACAAACCUAUUUGGAUUCGUAAAAGUGUGAGCGAAAGAUAUUGAACAUCGAAGAGUGUACGCACAUCUUCAUGUACGAAAAUUUAUUUUUUAUGUUUUUUUAAUCGGCAUCGAAUUGAACAACAACCAAAUAUUGAAUUGAGUUGAAAAAAGUUUUUUUUGUAGUUUUUUUGGCGUGCAGAGAAGAAAACAUAUGAUAAAAAAAAGACGAGAAGGAUUUAGUUAGAGAAUAUUCGAAACGAACACCAGUUGAGUGAACGUGCGUAUAUUGUGGAGUGUUAUAGAGUGACGACGGAAAAAUGGUCUUCGAAAGUAUUGUUACCGAUUUGAUGAAUCGCUUUUUGGGCGAUUUCAUCGAAAACUUGGACCACAAGCAACUCAACAUCGGAAUUUGGGGUGGUGAUGUCGUAUUGAAAAAUUUGCAGCUUAAACAAAGCGCAUUGAAAGAAUUAGAUUUGCCCGUUCAAUUAGCUUACGGUCAACUGGGAAAAUUAGUUUUAAAAAUUCCAUGGAAAAAUUUAUACAGUCUUCCGGUUGAAGCAGAUGUUGAAGAUUUGUACUUGUUGGUUGCACCAAAUCAAGCCGUUAACUAUGAUGCUGAUAAGCAGAAAAAAGUCGAAUUGGAUACGAAAAAAGGUGAACUAUCCAAAUUGGAUGAGGCCAGAAAACGUGAAUUGGAAAAGGACAAGCCAAAGGCUGAUAAAACAUUUACCGAAAAACUAGUCGCACAAAUCAUUAACAAUGUACAAAUACGCAUUCGAAACGUACACAUUCGGUAUGAGGAUCGUUCAACAUCGACCAUACCAUUUGCGCUUGGUAUCACAUUGGGCGCACUUGAAGUUCAAACCACCGAUGCUGAUUGGAAUACGGCUUUUGUAUCCGAAGCGCUCAGCAAAAUAUUCAAAGUGGCUAAACUUGAUGGAUUAGCGGUAUACAUGAAUUGCAAUACACCAUUAUUCCAAAGUCGAUCGACCAAUGAAUUUACACAAUUGUUUAUGGACACAAUUGCUACAAGUGAAUCACGACCGGAAAAUUUUACAUACGUUCUUGGACCCAUCACAUCUGUGGCCAAACUGAAGUUGAACAUGAAUCCAGAAUUGGAUUCUCCACCAUUUGAAGUGCCCAAAGUUGAUUUAUACUUGGAAAUGGAGAAAUUGGCCGUUGGCAUCACUCGAGCACAGUAUCAGCGACUCAUUGAACUGGCCGAUGGAAUGGGUUCAAUGACAAGAGGAAUACCAUACAGAAAAUUCAGACCAUUCAAUACACCUUAUAAAGGAAAUUCAAAACUUUGGUGGAAGUUUGCAUACAAUUGUGUUAUGGAAACAGAAAUAAAACGACGCAAACGUGAUUGGUCAUGGGAAAAUAUGAAACAACAUGUGAAUAUGUGUCGAACGUAUGCAGAUGCAUAUCGAACGAAAUUGACAGCAAAGAAGCUUACAAACGAUAUACAACAAUGCCUUGAUCAUCAUGAAGAGCAUUUGGAUCUGUUCAAUUUGGUAUUGAUUCGUAAGCGUGUCAAUUUUGAAGUUGAACAGUCGGGCAUAUUACAAAAGCCAACAGUCCAAGCUGGUUGGUUUUCCAGUUGGUGGGGAGGUGGAAAAAGCGAUGAACCAGCUGACAAGGAUAAAGAUAUUUUGAAUCAAUUUAAAACGGCCAUGACCAAUGAAGAAAAAGCAAAAUUGUAUGAAGCAAUUGGUUAUAGUGAAGGUGUAGUGGAUCUUCAGUUGCCCGAAGAAUAUGUGGCAAUAACAAUGCAUUUUAAUUUGAAAUUGUUGGAGAUAUGUGUUCGCAAUGAAAUCGUCAAGCCAACCGAUUUGGAAAUGUCAUUGUCAAACGUGUUAUCAUUACAAGUGUCGGGAGUCUCUUGUGAAAUUGACCAACGUCCCGCCUCAUCUGGCCUCAAACUUGAUUUAAAAAUGAGAGAAUUCACUGUAUUUGGUUACAAACAAUCCGACUACUUGCCAGUUAUGGUAAAAUCGAUAUUGGAAUCAACGACCGACAGUUCACUGUUGGAUAUUAAAUUUGAGAUGAAUCCAUUGGACAAGCAGUGCGAUCAACGGGUCGACGUUUAUGCUUGCCCAUUGCAAAUCGUCUAUGAUGCUGAAACAAUUAUUCAGCUAUUACAAGUGUUCAAAAUGCCUUCAAAUGCAAACUUAUCAGAAUUGACGGACGCUGCCGCAGAUAAAUUGUCAAAUUUCAAAGAACGAUCAGCAACUGGUAUACAAUACGUUAUUGAAAAGCAUACACGGCUUGAAGUGAACGUAUCCGUUCAACCAAACUACGUUAUUGUUCCGUACGGUGGAAAAUAUAUUGAAAAUAAGGUCCCAUUAAUGAUCAUCAGUUUGGGUAGUAUUUUGUUGAAAUCAGAUCCAAGAAUUGAAGAAAGAGAUGUGGCCGCUAUGCAUGGCGCUGGUGCCACAUCUGAAGACAUCUUAAAAACAAUGAUGGACCAAGCCUAUGACAAAUUUAAUUUGAACAUUGACAAUAUUCAGAUUUUAUUAGCUAAACCAUGUGAUCAUUGGCAAGAUGCGUUGACUCAGGGCAAAAUAUCUCGUCUUCAUUUAUUAGAACCGACAUCAUUGCAAGUUAAAGCCGCCUUAUGUGUGGUCGAUGACGAUCCACGUCUUCCAAAAACGAGAUUACACGCAAAAAUUCCAAGCGUUGGUGUUUCAGUUACAGAACAAAAAGUCCUUGAUGCACUGUCACUAGCAACAAGUAUACCGUUGCCGGAAGGCGAUACAACACCAAUGCCUUUGAACAAAGAGAGUUUAUUGGUUGCGUCAAGCAUGUCGUUAAAACGGUAUUUAGAUGAACGACAGUCAAAGCCAAAAAUUUUGGAAAAUAAACAACGGGACAUUUCCGAAGAAGAAAUCACUCAAUACACCGAUUUGGAAUUUGGUUUCGAGCUUAACGAGGUUUCAAUAAAGAUAUUUAAAGACUCCGAACAACUGUUUUCACCAAAAUCACCUGGAUCAGGUGAUGAGACCUCAACAGAAGAAUAUGCAUCAGCAACAUGUACGAUUUCAACUGAAGGAUCGAUAUCCGAAUUGGAAUCAAUUGGUUUGCCAAAGCAAUUGGCAUUUUCAAUAAAACAAUUGGAAAUGGCGGUAACUCAACGAACCUAUGAUUUGAAGGUGUCGAUGAAACUUGGCGCAAUCUCAAUGGCUCAAUAUCAUCAUCCAAUCGCAACGCCAAAUGAACAGAAGAAAAUCACAAUGAUUGAAACACCACGAUAUGCCGAAACAAAUGACUAUCUCUUAUCGCUAUUCUAUACAAAUGCAAAUAAAGAUUCGCCAGAAUUCACAACCAAAUAUAAAUCAACCGAACAAAUGGUUGAAAUUAAUUUUACCAUUUUAAUAUUGCGGUUGCAUCAAGAGGGUCUUACCGAAAUUUUACAAUUUGCCAACAAUUUCCAAACGAAAAUGGAGGCAAUUUUGAAUAAAAAUAAUGGUUAUCAUAUGGCAUCGGCCGGACCGCCAUUGGAAACAAUUGCCGAAGUUGAUGAGCAUCCAGAAGAAGAAGAUGAGACCAGAGUUGAACAGAAAGUAAUAAAGAGAAACACCAAAAAAUCGGCAACAGUUGUCGAUAGCAUUAAAGUUAAAGUCGUUGCGAAAAUGGAACAAGUUGCCAUUGAAAUUGAAAAUGAAAACCGACCAAUUACCAAUUUAAAAAUCGAAAAUCUAAACGCCGGUGUUAUUAUGAAGACAUCGUAUACCGAACUCACACUCAAACUGCAAGACAUUGUUGUUAAAGAUUUGAACACCGAAACCAUUCAUUCCACGAUUUUAACGGUGAUUGGCGGUGAUGCAUUGUCAUGUCAAAUUGUUCUGUUCAAUUUGGAAGAAACUUCUGUCUAUAAUAGCGACGAUAUGAAAAUUGAUGUUUCUAUGGGAUGCGUUAAAAUUGUCUUCUUGAAUUGGUUCGUCAAUUCAGUGUUGAAUUUCUUGGAUAAUUUCCAAGCCGCACAACAAGCGAUUGCUGAUGCAAGUGCUAUUGCUGCCGAAACAGCCAAACAAAAUAUGGUCGAAGCAUAUUCAAAUGCAAAACGAAUGCUAUUGAAUGUUCGCAUAAAGGCCCCCAUUAUCGUUGUACCGGUUGACUCAAAAUCGCUUCAAGCCAUUUCCAUCGAUUUGGGUCACUUGUGCAUCACCAAUCGGUGUUCAAACAUACCAAAUUCGGCGGUGGCUGAUCGCAGUCCGGCCAUUUUGGAUGAAAUGAAAUUGGAAUUGAAAGAUAUGCAAAUUUCAAAAGUGGAAAUUAUUCAAGCAGGCGGCACUGAAGAUGGUUUAAAACAUGAUGAUAACAUUUUGAAUCCAACAUCAUUUGCGCUCAUUAUCAAGCGAAAUCUGUCAUCCGGUUGGUAUAAGGAAAUUCCCGAGCUUGAUAUUUCGGGUCGUUUGAAGAGCAUUGUUAUGAACCUAUUAAGUACCGAUUACCAGUUGCUAAUGUCGAUACUCUCUAAAAAUAUGACCGAAGGAGCCAAUGAAAGAGUUGUCGUUCAAAAACCGGAAAUAGUAACAACACCGACGAGUACCGCGCAAGUUCAUUUUACCGAUGCUGAUGAAUUCAGUGUGCUCGCAACUGGUAAAGAAUUAUCGCGGUCAUCGAAACGUGUUACAACAAAGAGCACGAAAUCAAUAAAGCCAAAGACAAGCAGCGCAGAAAAUCAAGUCGUCGCAAGUAAUGAUAAAUCAAAGAAAAAAAUUGAUACAUUCUUGCAGUUCACCUUCCAAAUGGAUUCGAUCGUUUUGAACUUAUACACAGUUCCCGGUCAAGGUCUUGCUUCAUUCGGUAUACAUUUCUUAUCGCUCAAAGGAUGCAAACUUGUUGAUGAAUCAUUGAGCGCAUCGAUUGUAUUAUGUGAUGUACAACUUGACGAUAUUCGUCCGGAUCGACAAAACUUUAUUACAAAAUUCAUGAAGAAAAAAGAAAUCGAAGCCCCGUUGAAUAGUAGCGUUUCGGAUAAAUUGCCAGCUUCGCAAUCGUCAUCGAACUCGAUGGUUGACAUUGUUGUGCGCAUGCAGCAAGACGAUACAUUUGCCAAUCUCAAAGUGUCAAGUUUCGAUUUGAUUCUGUCCUUGGAAUUCUUGUUGAAAAUUGCACAAUUUGUGACUGUUCCCGAUGAUGGGAAACCAGUGACCACAGUGGCAGGUACAACAACUGCUGCGGCUAAACCGACCGAAGUGGUUCCGGCAACCGAAACCGAUCCAAAUAAAAAGAUAACCGUUUUAAUAAACAUUGAACAGCCUGACAUCAUUCUCGUUGAAGCAAUGGAUGACAUUAAUUGCCUGGCAUUGAUAUUGAAUACCCAAAUGGCACUGCGCGUUCGUAUGCAAGGCGACAAACAAGUGAUCGAAGGCGAAAUCGCUGAUUUGAAAUUUUAUCUGUGCGAAUUUAAUCCGGCCAGACGAAAUGCAACCAAACACUUUAUCAUUCAACCAUGUACAAUUAGUUUGCAUGGAAAUACACCUGAAGCGCAUGGCAUGAAUAUUAGUCUGUCGACGAGUGAUAUUCGGAUUAAUGUUUCACCCGCUAUUAUUGAAAUCAUUAGCAAGGCAAUGUCAACUGUAACAACAACAGAAGCGAAAAAUGAAAGUAUCAUCGAAGAAUUGCCCGAUCACUCUGAUUUGUGGGAAGUUCAAAAGUAUCAAGAAGACGAUUUUUGGUUUUUGAAAGUUGAAGAAGCCCAAGAUACACUUACUGCCGCCGAAUACUUUCAGCCAAUUGCUGAUCGGAAACCGGAAGUGUGCAUUGUUGAAGUGCCUUCCAUUGUUAUUGUCAUCGAAACCGGUUUUGGUUAUUACACGUAUCCGAUGCUAGUUAUUGAAACCAAAAUGAAUGCCGAAAUUCGCGACUGGAGCUCUGAUAUUUCAAUUGAGAGUUCGUUAUCAUUGGGAAUGGCAUUUUACAAUAGCACACUUGCUGUAUGGGAACCAUUGAUUGAGCCAAACGAACGCGAAAAAUCAAAUGGUCUAACCGAAUAUCAGCCAUGGGAAUUGGCGUUCAAUUUAAAAAUUGAAAAACCGGUAGAAAAUUCGCUCACCGAAAGUGAACCAAAAACAAAGAUUCAGAUAUCAUCAUCGGACACAUUGGAAAUGUCGGUUACAAAAACCGGUCUUGAUGUACUCCAAGAUUUGGGACAAGCAUUCUCCGAUGCAAUUAAACCGCAAGGAUUGAAUAAACCGGAUGUUACAGCACCAUAUAUUGUGGAAAAUGAUACUGGUUUUGAUAUCGUCAUGAAUUUGAAGAAAGGUUCAUUGAAUUUACAUUCAUCACACUUACCAAAUCCGGAUGGUUCGACGAAUCAUUCAUUGGUCGUAUUCAAUACAACAUCAACCGAAUUGGAUCCAAACGAAAUUACAACGUGUAAAAUUUCGCCGGGUGGUCGCGCAUACUUGCAACCAAAACGUGAACAUUCAUUGGCCAAAAUUACUGCCUUCCUUACAAGCGAAGAGAGCCAAUUGCAAGAGACACUUUUGCAUGUUCUAAUUGGUGAAAUCGAUAAAGAGAUUACAUUGCCGGUUCAUAAAGCCGAUCGACGAUACUUUCCAUUGUAUCGUGAUACACAUCAAGAACCAUGGGGUAUUAUUUCUCACGUCCACACUGAAUAUGGUAGCACUAUAAUCACCAUUCAUGGCGUAUUGAAGGUUAAAAAUCAUUUUUCAACUGCUGUCAACAUUUUCCGUAAACGAAACGGAGCCCUCAUUGAAAUUGGCCAAGUUGAACCAGGAUCAACAUUCAAUGUACCAUUGCAUGCACUCUAUGCUACGCACAAAGAAUUAUUCUUUUCAGUUUCAAAUUAUAAAACAUCAGUUCAAGGCUUCAAUUGGAAAGAGAAUCCAAGCGAUUUUAAAUUAAUGAAAUAUUUGCAAUGCGAUCCGAUUCAUACAUUUGAACCGUUCUAUAUAACGGCAAUUCGUGAACGCGAAGAAGUUUACCAUGAAGUGACGACAAAGUAUACGAUGUUAAGUGCAUGCUAUGUUAUUAAUUUGAAACCACCACUUUAUCUACGAAAUGCAUUGCCAAUUGAUAUUCAAAUUUCGGUGUCUGGAUGCACUGUGUCUCAAAUAGAAAGAGAAGCAAAAGAAGCAACGCAAAAUAACCAUGACGUUGUCAAAGAAUUCCGUGGUCCGCAUAAUGCUAGUCUAACAAAAUCCGAUUUCCUUGAUUGUGGUGAGAAGACUGUGAAUCCCGGCGAUUUACUACAUUUGCCAACAGUUAAAACAACAGCCAAGGAAGGCGAAAGAAGAAGCCUGAUUGUGGCCAGAUUGGUUCAAUAUUUGGAAAAAGAUUGGUCAUGUACUACCGAAGUACCAGCAAAUCCACCCGAAUUUGCUGUAUGGUCAUUUAAAUCAUAUGAUUCAGACGAAGUAAUGUCGAUUGAAUUGGGUGUCAUGUUUGAGAAUCGUUUGGGAAGUCUACAAAUGACCGUUUACUGUCCAUUCUGGAUGAUAAAUAAAACUGGUCUCAUGCUCAACUACAGAAAAUCAAGAAAAACCGAAAAGCAUGAGUCUGCUGGCAAUGUACAGUCGACCGACGAAAGUGUGAAUGUGUUGUAUCAUCCGCCAGAUUGGGAAGGUCCAAUACUUUUCUCAUAUCGUGAAAAAGUAUUUUUUGGUAAAAAACGUGCUGCUGUUCGAGUCGAAAAUGGCGAUUGGAGUGAGAAAUUUGCAUUGGACGCAGCUGGUUCAACUGGUUUAGUUGAAUGCAAAGCGGACGGAGUGAAAUAUGAAAUUGCCGUACACAAUACAUUGACACAUAAUUCGCUCACAAAACAAAUCACAUUUAUGCCGUUCUAUGUGCUCACCAAUAAGGCACCAUUUGCAAUUCAAGUACAAGAAGAAAAACGUCCAGGCGAUCCAUGGAUUGUCAUUGAAACCGAUCAAAGUGUUCCAUUGUGGCCAAAAUCCGAUUGUAAACGAUUGCAUGUUCGAGCCGGUGACGAUGAAACGGUGUCAAGACCAUUUAAAUUCGAUGAAGCUCAAUGUACUCUGCUUAAGCUCAAAAAUCGAUACGGUGGUAUAAAUGUUGAUGUUCAAGUAUCGGAAGGUGGUGUUUAUAUUCAAUUCACGGCAUAUCAUCCGGGCGAUGCGCCAGCAUUAAUCAUCAAUCAUACCGACCAAUUGGUAAAGUUCUGGGAAAAGGGAAAUGUUAACGAACGUCGAUUACAACCAUUCGAAAGGAUGUUGUAUACAUGGCAAGAUCCAGCCGGUGAUCGAUUAAUUAUGUGGGACGAUAAUGAUGGAACAAUUGAAAAUGAUUUGCGUCGGGAUGGUUCUAAACCAAUACAUAGUAAUAAUGGUGACAGACCAUCGUACUGGGUUUCCUUCUUAGAUGGAACGCAACGUGUACUAUUGUUUACAAACAUUGAAGAUGUCGCUUUCGGUGCGAACAGUGCCAAUCGAUUGGAUAAGGUAACCCAAGAGAUUGAAGUUGAUAUCCAUGGUAUUGGUUUAUCAUUGGUCAAUAAUAACAAGCAAUGCGAUAUAAUGUACAUUGGAAUUGCAAGUUCCGGUGUGAUAUGGGAAGAGAAAAAGAAAGGAAAAUACUUCAAACAAAUGAAAAUUCAAGAAGUACAAAACCUUGAAGAACGUUUUCAACAGUACUUGCGUAACAAGCAAAUGGGCAUCGAAGAACACCACUUAUACUUUGAUGGGGCCGGCAAAAUUCCAAUUGAUUUUGAUCAUAUGAUUUUAAGAAAAUCACGACCGCGUGAGAUCCGACGCACAUUCUAUCCAGGUUUAUGGAUUCAAUUGAAAUCAUCACCAUAUCAAUUACAAUUACACGCUAAAAUCAAUCGCAUUCAAAUCGAUAAUCAAUUGACCGAUUGCAUUUUCCCAGUUGUAUUGGCACCGGUUGCUCCACCAAAAAGUGUUGCCGCCUCAAUUGAGCUCAAACCAUUUGUUGAAUGUAGCAUUGUGCAACGUAUCAUUCCCCAUUCAAACGUAAAACAGUUUAAAUAUCUCAAAGUGUUGACACAGGAGUUUCAUGUUAAGGUCGAUUUGUUGUUCAUCAAUGAAAUCGCUGAAAUGUUUACGGCUGAAUUAACCGACGAAGAAAAGCGAAAGCUGUUCAACAAAGACAUACAACAGCACAGUGAACAAUUGUCGGCUCUGGUGCUUACACAAUCAACUCAGGAUCAAAAGAAUUUCUACGAUCAAUUACAUUUGGGACCACUGAAAAUUCACAUUUCAUUUUCGAUGGCCGUUUGGAAAUAUAAACCGUUAAAAGUUCCAGAUCAAGCUAGUAGCUCGGAGCUACUACCAACGAGCAGAAGGCAUGCAAAAUUGUCAUUUUGUUCAAAGAGGCAUUAG